AUGUUGAAUGCUUCAUUCAAUGGGACUGCGAAAUAUCUCCACUGUCCCUCGUGGGUCUUAUUACUGCCAGAGGCGAUCUGUUUGCUGUUUACGCUGCUUUGCAGUGGAGCUAUGCUGGAUACUAUCUUCCGGGUCUCUGCUGUGCGGAAGGAGCCAAGGCACCUGCUCCUGGCCAGUCUCCUCAUAAGCGAUCUGGUCUAUUUACUCCUGGUGAUGAUCACAACAGUGAUGUGGGCAGCAAUCAUCAGUAUACCCACCGUGCUGUGUCUCAUCAAUUACCUGCUGGUCUUUUCCAGCUUCAUUAGCGGCUUCUUUACCGUCACUGCUAUGGCUGUGGACAAGUACAUUGCAAUCUGCUGGCCUUUACACUACCGGUCCCUUUGCACGUCCGGUAAAACUCAGAAGGCCAUCGCCCUCAUAUGGCUCUUGGCCACACUGCAUCCACUGGUAUGUCUCCUGAUGCUUCUGGGGGCCGGCACACCCCCACUGGUCAUAGAAUCCUUUCGCUGCCUCUUCCCUCCAGUCCAAGGGGGCAUCCUAGAAACAGCCUUUGCUUUAUUUCAAGUGCAGCAAGCUGUCCUCGCUCUCACCUUCCUGGCCAGCGCAGUGACCAUCGUGUUCUGCUAUUGUAUGAUAUAUAAAGAAGCUCGCCAAACUUCGCCCAAAGUGCGUGCCCGCAAUACAGUACUCCUCCAUGGCCUUCAGCUCUUCCUUUAUUUCAUUCCCGUCGCAAACUACAUCGUCUACUCCAACCUGGUCAAAAACACAUCCAUUAAAGUCCAAGUGAUGGCCCAGCUACACUUGAUCAACAUCUCGCUUUUCUCGGUGUUGCCCCGAUGCCUGUGCCCUGUGGUUUUUGGGCUGAGAGCCAGCCAGUUAUACCUUCAUGUGAAGAGACGCCUUUUCAACCAGAACCAGGUAGCACCUCUGCCAGACUCAACAUAA